AUGACGCCUUCACUCCGCGUCAUCCCCAACGCCGCGUCCCGCGCCGUCUCUCUUCUGAGGACAAUCCAAGCCCACCCGCCAUCAUGCCCCUGCCACACAAACCCAGGCCACCACCACAACCACUCCCCGCUUAACUUCACCCCGCGGCCCCUGCGGACCUCCUCUCGCGGCUUCGCAACCCCGGUCGACCACUCCCAGAAGGAGUACGCCUUCGAGAUGGCCGCCUCCUCCAUCCGCUUCGGCCCGGGCUCGACGCAGGAGGUCGGCAUGGACUUCGCCAACAUGGGCGCCAAGCGCGUCGCCGUCGUCACGGACCCCACCGUCGACGGCCUCUUCGCCAUGCAGCAGGUCCGCGAGGCCCUCGACCGCGAGGGCAUCAACUACAAGGUCUACAACCAGACCCGCGUCGAGCCCAAGGACAGCUCCGUCCGCGAGGCCAUCGACUGGGCCCGCCCCUUCGCCCCGGACGCCUUCCUCGCCGUCGGCGGCGGCUCCGUCAUCGACACCGCCAAGCUCAUGAACCUCUACUCGUGCUACCCGGACGCCCCCUUCCUCGACUUCGUCAACGCGCCCCUCGGCAACGGCCGCCCCGUCGACAAGCCCCUGAAGCCCCUCAUCGCCGUCCCCACCACCGCCGGCACCGGCUCCGAGACCACCGGCACCGCCAUCUUCGACCUCGUCUCCAAGCGCGCCAAGACCGGCGUCGCCCACAGGAACCUCAAGCCCACCCUCGGCAUCUGCGACCCCCUCAACACCCGCACCAUGCCCUCCGCCGUCAAGGCCGCCUCCGGCCUCGACGUGCUCUGCCACUCCCUCGAGUCCUGGACCGCCAUCCCCUUCCACGAGCGCGUCCCCCGCCCCAAGAACCCCAUCCUCCGCCCCGCGUACCAGGGCGCCAACCCCAUCAGCGACGUCUUCUCCUUCCACGCCCUGCGCGCAACGGUUAAGUACCUCCCCCGCGCCGUCCGCGACCCGGACGACUUUGAGGCCCAGAGCGAGAUGCUCCUCGCCGCGACGCUCGCCGGUGUUGGUUUCGGAAACGCCGGAGUCCAUCUCUGCCACGGCAUGUCCUACCCCAUCUCCGGCCAGAACCCAGGCUACCAGCACUCCGGCUACAAGGUGAACUACCCCAUCAUCCCGCACGGCGUGUCCGUCGCCGUGACCGCCCCGGCCGUCUUCCGCUUCACGGGCGCCUCCAACCCGGAGCGCCACCUCGCGGCCGCCGAGGCCUUCGGCGUCGACGUCUCCCGCGUGCGCAAGGAGGACGCCGGCGCCGUGCUGGCCGACGCGCUGACAAAGUUCCUCGCCGACCUCGGCGACCAGCCCGCGGGCAUCAAGGAGCUCGGCUUCGGCACGGAGCACCUGGACGAUCUCGUCGAGGGCACCAUCCCGCAGGCCAGGGUGCUGAUGCUCGCCCCCGGGUUGGAGACGGAGCUGCAGAAGGAGAGGGAGCAGUUGAGAGGGUUGUUUGAGGCUUCUUUGACGCAUUAA